CUGCAACAUGUCUAUACUCGUUAAUUCAUUCCCAUUUCGACUCCUUGCAUUGCAAUCCACCGAAACCCUACGAUUCACAGAUCGACGAUGUCAGUAUUCCGUUUCCUCGCGCCGCUUCUCUUCGCGUUCUUCGUGAUUUCGCAAUCUUAUCUCGCCGCCGCAAGACCGCUCAUGCCGGAUCACGUUAAAGCAGUUAUCACGCCGGAGCUUAACCUUCAACGUCCAGGACCUCUGCCGGAGAAAAUUAGUGCAGGUUCCAAUGGCGUUGUAGUCAAGAAGCAAAAUGUUCCAUGUGAAUUGAGUUCUGAAAUCGGAGAAGCUCGGUCGCUCAAGAGAUAUGGAGCAGGAACUUACGGAAGUUUGUUUCUGAGCGCUCUUCCGAAAGGAACGACCGUGCCGCCGUCUGGACCGAGCCGGAGAACCAACGACGUUAACAACUAACAGGCCGUCGAUUACAUAAGAUUCAUUAUAUAUGUAAGUAGGAAAUAUUUAUUGAAUCAGGGAUAUAUAAACGCACUUCAUCAAGUGAUUUUGAUUCUUCAAGUUUGUUUAGAUCAUCUCCCGGAUUCGAAUUCGUUUCAUUUGUUCGUUCUUUUUCACAUUUCUUGUUUCCAUAUGUACAUAAUUUUCCAGAAAUACAAUAAUUACUGAUUGAUACAA